AUGCCCAUGAAAGGCAGUUUUAUCAUUACCUCUAGUCACACCACCACCUUUGUGUUAACUUUUCUGUUACUGGAGCAUCUUGGGAUGGACCUCCCGCUACUGGUUAUUGAAAAACUGACAAGCUUUUACAUCGUGGAUCUUUACUUUAGAAUGACAAGGGACAUUGCCCCCAGGAUCGGAUAUUGUAAACCUGCCCUGCUGCAUCCUACCUUCUUCUCUGCCCUGCAGGGCGUCCAGACCAAAAUGAGUGCCAGUGACCCCAACUCCUUUAUCUUCCUCACCAACAUGGCCAUGCAGAUCAAGACCAAGAUCAAUAAGCAUGCAUUUUCUGGAGAGAGAGACACCAUCGAGGAGCACAGGCAGUUUGGGGGCAACUGUGUUGUGGACGUGUCUUUCAUGUACUUCACCUUCCUCAAGGGUGAAGACAAGCUCGAGCAGAUGAGGAAGGUGAGCAGGGAGCCCGAGGACCCAGUCAUCCCGUUUCCAACCACCCACUCCUGCCUAUGGGUCCUGAAAGGCUCCAAAAGCUGGGCAUUAAGGGAUGACACCAGCGGAGACAUGCUCACUGGUGAGCUCAAGAAGAUGCUCAUAGAGGUUCUCCGGCCCGUGAUUACACAGCACCAAGCCCAGCGCAAGGAGGUCAUGGACGAGUUAGUGAAAGAGUUCACUAACGAAUGA